UUAUUCCUCGUCCACAGUCCACGCUGCAUCCACUCUUCUUUGCUACGGGGAUCAGGUGCAGCUGAAGAGUAAACAGGGUGGAGUUGUGUACGGUCGCAAGGUGCUCGCUUUAACAAACACGAGGAGGAGCAGCCAAGCAACAAGUGGGCGUUGUUUUUUGGUCCGUCUGCAGAUUGAUGGAUAAACAAAUCCAAAGUAGAUCGCUGUUGAGAGACGCCCAUUGCCUAUCUGCCUGUGAUUGUGAAUUCAGGUCUGGCUUCGGUCAAAAAACUCGCACCUCACAUGAGAGAGAGAGCAGAGAGAGAGGAGCGAGCGCUUGUUUGUUUGGUUUUAUUUCCCCCUAGUGUUCUCCAGUUCCUCUGAUCUCCUGCUUUGCUAUUUUUGGUGAUUCUGUGCUUGUUUGUGCUCUAGAUUUCUUCCUUCGCGGUUAUUGUGCUGUCAAUAGUUGCAUAAAAAUUGGAUUUUUAUGCAUUAGUGGGAUCCUGCGAGUGAUUUCAGAUGACCGAGGACGGGGAUGGCGAGGAGAAGGAUGAAGAGAAGCAGAAGCUGUCGCCUACUCGCAGCGGCGGCGGCGGCGUCGGCGGCGGAAGCUCUGGUUCAGCUUCUUCGUUGUCGAAGAUGGGGAGAGUGCGAGGCGGCGAGGAGCGGGCAGACCAGCCUCCGCCCUUCUCCGACCAGGUACUGGAGAAUGUGAUAGAGAACGUGCUGGAGUUCCUGGAGUACCGGCGCGACCGGAACGCGGCGUCUCUGGUGUGUAGGUCGUGGUACCGGGCGGAGGCGCAGACCCGGCGCGAGGUCUUCAUUGGCAACUGCUACGCGGUGUCGCCGGCCCGGGCUAUAACGCGGUUCCGCGCAGCCCGGGCUCUCGUCCUCAAGGGCCGCCCCCGCUUCGCCGACUUCAACCUCGUUCCCCCGGGGUGGGGUGCCCGUUUCUCGCCCUGGGUCGCUGCCAUGGCUCCCGCUUACCCAUGGCUUGAGCGGGUCUGCCUCAAGCGCAUGACCGUCUCUGACGCUGAUCUCGCUCUCCUCGCCCGCUCCUUCCCUUCCUUCCGCGAUCUCACCCUCAUCUGCUGCGACGGAUUCGGCACCCCCGGCCUGGCCACCAUCGCCGAGCUUUGCAGGAAUCUGAGAGUGUUAGAUCUGAUCGAGAACGAUGUGGAGGACGAGGACGAGCAGGUGGCGGAUUGGAUUUCGAAGUUCCCGGAAGCAACCGCCUGCCUCGAGUCACUCUCAUUCGAAUGCGUGAAUUGCCCGGUCAACUUCGCCGCCUUGGAGGCGCUCGUCGUCCGCUCGCGCUCCCUCCGCCGCCUCCGGGUCAAUCAGCACGUCUCCAUCCACCAACUCCGCCGUCUGAUGGAGCGCGCGCCACAGCUAACACAGCUCGGCACUGGCUCCUUCCACUCGGUUCCCGGGGCCGCCGGCGCACCAGACCUCGACGUCGCGGAUCUCGAGUCCACUUACGCUGCCUCCAAGUCCCUCGUUUGCCUCUCGGGGUUCCGUAUGCUAGAGCAUGAGUACCUUCCAGCCAUCUUCCCUGUUUGCGCAAACCUUGUAUCCCUCAACUUGAGCUAUGCCAUGAUUACUGCAGAGCAGCUCAAGCCAGUCAUUUUCCAAUGCCACAAUCUCCACACCUUCUGGGUUCUCGACACCAUUGGUGACGAUGGUCUCCAAGCAGUGGCCAAGAGCUGUAAGAAUCUCUCCGAGCUAAGGGUGUUCCCUUUCGAUGCCUCUGAGGACUCUGAGGGCUCUGUGUCCGACUCUGGCCUUGUGGCAAUCUCUGAGGGCUGUCCUAAGCUUCGCUCAAUUCUGUACUUCUGUCAACGCAUGACGAAUGCGGCUGUCAUGGCCAUGUCCAAGAAUUGCCCCGAUCUGGUUGUUUUUCGCCUUUGCAUUAUGGGCCGCUGCCGUCCUGACCAGAUCACUGGAGAACCCAUGGAUGAAGGUUUUGGGGCUAUUGUCAUGAAUUGCAAGAAGCUAACUAGGCUUGCUGUUUCUGGCCUCCUCACUGAUAGGGUAUUUGAGUACAUUGCAAAUCAUGGGAAGUCAGUCCGCACCCUCUCCGUGGCAUUUGCUGGGAACACCGACUUGAGUUUGAAAUAUAUUCUCGAAGGAUGUCCAAAUUUGCAGAAGCUUGAGAUCAGGGACAGCCCUUUUGGUGAUGCAGGUCUCCUCUCAGGGAUCCACCAUUUUUACAACAUGAGAUUUGUGUGGAUGUCUGCGUGCAAGCUAUCUUCGGCAGGCUGCAAGGAAGUGGCUCGGAGCCUUCCUCACUUGGUGGUUGAAGUAAUCGGGGAAUGGUCGCAGGACCUUGAUACUGAUGCAGUCGAGAAGUUGUACUUAUACCGUUCCUUGGAUGGACCAAGGGAAGAUGCACCACCUUUUGUUAAGAUCUUGUGAGUUUUAAUUUUGGUAGAAAUACUAGCAGGAAGAAGGAAUUUGCCAUUUCUAUGUGUAGGUUUGUCCUGAGAAGCUCGUUUUGAAAAAGAAACCUUUGAUCCAGUUUGAGUCGGUGGGAUGCUUCCAUUCGCGAUACAAUACAAUACAAUACGAGCGGAUAGAUCCAUUUUUCAGUGAUGUAUUUGUAGUAAUGACUGCUUGUAGGAAUAGGAUGGAUAGCUUUUGCAAUUGAUGACUCUGGCCAGUUAGCUGCAUGCUCUUUCACUGUCCCUUUCUUUUGUUAGCACUUCACUUUUGAGGUUAUCAAAUAGAAGAACAUACGAUUCUGCUUCCUGGAGACGUUUAUCUUCUCUCUAUUCUCCAAGCUGAAACUGUCAAGUAAAGAACUUUGAAGGAACCCUGAACCCAACUGCUUUUCCUCCCUUUUUUUCACAGGAUUUCCAAGUCACCGAUGAGAGACUUGUUGUUUUUGAAACAGUUUCUUGUUAAGUACCUUAUUUCAUGAUUUGUUUGGCACAAAAUGCUUGAAAGAUCCUUUUGUUUUGAGCUAAAGAGGGCUGUUCAUUUGCUAUUCGGGUUGGCCGUUAAAUGGUUGAUUAGUACUGUAGGAUCUUCAAUAA